AUGCACAGAUCAACUGUGAUGUUUAUCUUUUAUAGAACCAGUUACAUCUUUAAAUUUGAAUUACUGAAAAAAACUAUGGAAAGAGAAUCGUUCGAGGAUCUUAAUACAAAUUCAAAUUUAAAAUUGCCAAAAGAUGUGGGUUUAUAUUGGAUACACUGCAACCGUUGCUUAGAAUUAUAUAUACGAAAGCGAAGGAGAAUAUUCUUGCUCUCUUGUAAUCAUAUGAUAUGCGAAAAAUGUGCAACAACGCUCGCUAUUAAUAAUAUAAAUGUGUCCAGUGAAGUAAAUUGUCCAAUUUGUAAUAAAACACAGCGUUAUCGAGUAUUAUGCAACGUUAUGCCAGCACAUGCAAAGGAGCUUUUAAAUCCUGAACCAUGGCGUGAACCAAAUGAACGCAUCUUGAGUUUUCAGGCAAAACAGCGAGAAAGUUUUAAAAAAGGAAUGUUUCGUAAACGAACUGAAAUGGAAAGAGUUAAAAGAAAGUGUAAUGCUUUGGAGAUUAGUUCAAAGCAGAAAUACGAAAAAUACGAGCAGCUGCGAUAUGAGCGUAAACAAUUGGAAAGGGAGGUACUUAAAAUAAAGAAAUUUGAAUUGCAGCCUAACAGUAAAUAUUUUCAAGCAACAGAAGGAGAUAUGUCUACCAAUGGUAUGUUCAAUCUUAAUACCUUUACCGGAGUUAAGCGAGCAAACACUAAUACACAUCCCCGUAUAGGUAGUCAUAAUGUAUCAGACACAGCGCUAAAUAAAUCAUUUUCAUUAAAUAUAUUUUAAAAAAAUUCCUAUGAAAUGUUAUUAAAAAUAUGGAAUAUUAAGACUCCCAUUUUAGGUGCAGCAACUAAAUAGCAAAUCCAAUUCUGAAGUGAAUCGAAGAGGUGUCAUAUUAUUGGCAUUAUUGGAGUUUUACUACGAAGGGCUUAUUCCACAUAACAAUCAAAACAUUUUAGUUCUUAAACUUAUAUUAGUAAAAUUACGUUUCAAAGACUGUAAGAGAUAUAAAUGUAAAAUAAA